AGGAGGGGCGGCGCCUGCGCGAUGGGGCGGUGAGGGCUAGGCGGGGCGGCUGGGGCACAGAGGGGCAGCGCGUGCGCAGAGCGCAGAUGUGACUUGGAAGAUGUGAGCUAAGAGGAGCGGCGCGUGAGCGGAGAUGUAACUGGUGGGACCUACGGCGGCUCGCGGAGGAUGGUCGCCCUCCUGGGCGCGAUGACCCUGGUGCUCGUCGCCGUGGCGCCAUGGGUGUUGCCCGUAGCCGCAGGUGGGAAAAAUCUAAAAUCUUAUCAAAAAGUAGAAGUCGACAUCAUAGAUGACAACUUUAUCCUGCAGUGGAACAGGAGUGAUGAGUCUCUCAGGAGUGUGACGUUUUCAUUUGAUUAUCAAAAAUCUGGGACGGAUAAUUGGAUACAAUUGCCUGGGUGUCAGAAUAUUACUAGUACCAAAUGCAACUUUUCUUCAGUCAAGUUGAAUGUUUAUGAAGAAAUUAAAUUGCGUAUAAGAGCAGAAAAAGAAAACACUUCUUCGUGGUAUGAGGUUGACCCAUUUACACCAUAUAACAAAGCUCAAAUUGGUCCUCCAGAAGUACAUUUGGAAGCUGAAGAUAAGGCAAUAAUGAUAAACAUCUCUCCUCCUGGAACAAAAAAUAGUGUCAUGUGGGCUUUGGAUGGUUCAGGCUUUAGAUACAGCUUAGUUAUCUGGAAAAACUCUUCAAGUGGAGAAGAAGAGAUUGAAAAUAUUUAUUCCAUACAUAAAAUUUAUAAACUUUUACCAGAGACUACCUAUUGUUUAAAAGUUAAAGCAGCACUACCUAUGGCAUGGAAAGUUGGUAUCUAUGGUCCAGUAUAUUGUAUAAAGACCACAGGUAAGGAAGAUUAUUUAUUAAAUUACUGUGUGGUUGAAUUUAAAAAUUUUUGUCUUAAAAGCGCCUUUUUAAAAAGGAAUCCUGUGAACCAUUCGUAUAAAUGGAAACAAAUGCCUAAUUGUGAAAAUGUCAAAACUACCCAGUGUGUCUUUCCUCAAAACAUUUUCCCAAAAGGAAUUUACUUUCUCCGCGUACAAGCAUCUGAUGGAAAUAACACAUCUUUUUGGUCUGAAGAGAUAAAGUUUGAUACUGAAAUACAAGCUUUCCUACUUCCUCCGGUCCUUAAAGUUAGAUCCACUAGUGAUUCAUUACAUAUCUAUAUUGGUGCUCCAGAACAGUCGGGAAGCAAGCCUGUGAACCAGGAUUAUCCACUCACUUAUGAAAUUAUUUUCUGGGAAAACACUUCAAAUGCUGAGAGAAAAAUUUUCAAGGAAAAAACUGAUUUUAUUGUUCCUAAUUUGAAACCACUGACUGUAUAUUGUGUCAAAGCCAGAGCACACACCAUGGAUGAAAAGUGGAAUAAAAGCAGUGCUUUUGGCGAUGUUGUGUUUGUGAAAACAAAGCCAGGAAAUGCAUCUAACAUUUGGCUUAUAGCUGGAAUUGGUACUAUAUCAAUUACUAUCCUAGCUGUCAUUUAUGUUGUGAAAGUUCUCCUGAGAUGCAUCAAUUAUGUGUUCUUUCCAUCACUUAAACCUUCUUCCAAUAUAGAUGAGUACUUCUCUGAACAGCCAUUAAAGAAUCUUCUGCUUUCAACUUCUGAAGAACAAAUUGAAAAAUGUUUUAUAAUUGAAAAUAUAAGCACAAUUGCUACAGUAGAAGAAACUAAUCAAACUGAUGAAGAUCAUAAAAAAUACAGUUCCCAAAACUGCCAGGAUUCAGGAAAUUAUUCUAAUGAAGAUGAAAGUGAAAGUAAAACAAGUGAAGAACUACAGCAGGACUUUGUAUGACCGGAAAUGAACUCUGUAAAGCAUAAGGUUUUUCUGCAAGAGUCACACUGGGAGCCUGAGCUCCUUGCCUUCCUCUCAGUCACUGCAAAGAGGACAUUUGCUUGUUUGGGGGAAGAAAAAACAUCUUCAGUUAUAGAUCCUAAACAUACAGGUAAGCACUUAACUAUUUAAAAAUGAAACUACGCCAGGCGCAGUGGCUCACGCCUGUAAUCCCAGCACUUUGGGAGGCCAAGGUGGGCAGAUCACCUGAGGUCAGGAGUUCAAGAACAGCCUGGCCAACAUGGUGAAACCCCGUCUCUACUAAAAACACAAAAAUUAGCCGGGUGUGGUGGUGCAUGCCUGUAAUCCCAGCUACCGGGGAGGCUGUGACAGGAGAAUUGCUUGAAACUGGGAGGUGGAGGUUGCAGUGAGCCAAGAUUAUGCCACUGCACUCCAGCCUGGGUGACAGAGUGAGACUCCCUCUCAAAAAAAAAAAGGAAGAAAAAGAGAAAUUGCAAGAGUUGAGACAAACAUUUCCUACAUUCUUUUCCAUGUGUAAAAUCUUGAAAAAGCCUGUCACUGGACUUGCAUUGGAUGAGAUGAGUCACAUCAAAAUGAUGGCCACCCGUCUCCCUCCUGCCAGCCCAAGUACCACUGAGCUAGCCAUGCACUGUGGCUAAGGAUGGCCGCUGUGUUCCUGUCACCGGUGCUGCUGCCCACUGCAUGUGUCCCACCUGUCUGCUGGCAUUCCUAGCAUUCUAUUUCAUUCUUCCUCAGGAGAGAUUUCAGACAUCUGGUCUUUUCUUUUAACACUGAGGUAGGCCCUUAGGAAGUUUAUCUAGGAAAGUCUGAACACAUUAUCACUUGGUUUUCUGGAAAGUAGCUUACCCUAGAAAGCAGCUGCAGGUGCCAGAAAGAUGCUCUCUAAACAUGUUCAGAGACUUCUGUUUGUUUAUCCCGAGAACGUUGGUUUCCACAUCACAGUAUCUACCCUUACAUGGUUUAGGAUUAAAGCCAGGCAAUCUUUUACUAUUCAUUAACACUUCCGAUUCAAAACUUACCAGAACAAUAGCUUCUGGCUGGAAUUUGCAGUCACUGAAGUCAUAGAAAAUAGGUAACUAAUUAGAGAAAUGAUGGUUAUAUUUAAGGUCUGAGAGUGUGUACAAGUUUUAAUAUACAUGCCAUGCCAGGAGACAGUGUAUGCAAGAAGCCUUGGGACCAGAAAGUGGCAGUGCUGGGAGACUGACACAGAAGAAGAAGACUUCCGCAGGAAAGAGGUUGCUGGCUCUGGUGCAAGAGGAAGAAUGCGUUCCAUGGGAGCCUGUGCACCUCUUCAGCUCUCAGUGAUUCACACACUCUUGUUAUGGCUCAUCUGUGUCACUUUCAAUACCACGCUGGCUUCUCUGCAUUGCCUAGCAGUAUUCAGAUACCCCUUCUACUCAGCCUGCUUGGCUUUAAAAUACAAAUCAUUGAACUGAGGGAAAAAAGGUAACUAGGAAGAAAAACCUAAUUUAAGAAAUUACAUAAUGCUUUCCAAAGGCACUUAAAAUUUAUUUUUAAAUUACUUGCUACUUGGAAUUACCCAUGGAUAUCCUUAAUAGGCAGGAAGUCUGGGAAUUCUGGUGGCCUCUAGAGCAGAGUUCUCAUAGCACCGUCUGGCAGGGACCAGGUGAAAGAGACAGGAGACAGAGUUAAGAGCGUGCUGGGGAGCAGCCAUUGCUAAGGCCAGUCUGAUUUCAGUAGUCAUUUCUGCUCAGAUAGCAGAUUGUCCUGGUGGAAGAAAAGGUUGAAGGCAGCUGCCUUAGGGGGGAGCUGUGAGCUCAGCUCAUCCGGGGCACAUACACCAGUCUGCAGGCCACAGCAUGCGUGUUCCCGGAUCUGCCGCCUGGCUUCUGGAGUGGUUCAAGCAGAGCAUAGUGGGCCAUUGAGGAGACCCAGGAAUCUCUGAGAUACAGCUCUCUGCUGGAGAACCCCAUGGUGACACCUUUUCAUCUUCCUGACCAGAGGCGUUUGGUUUGAAGUACAUCUGCUGUGUCGGCCUGACCUUUGUAAAAGCGCUGUCACUUUGGAAGUUUGCCCCUUUGAAGAGGCAAUUGGGAACAUGUCACGACUCCCUGCCACCAUUGCUUCUCAGACUACCCAAUUCAAGGAUCCUGUCCAGAACUUCCAGCCCUGUGUUCUCCAGUGG